UUUCCUUAAAUAAAGGAUCAAAUUCCAGACCUGUGCAUGAUAGUUUUAUCUCUUACUGGAUCCAUCCAGUUUGACUCUUUCUCAUCCUCUGGAGAUCCGCCUCUGCACUCAACAGUACACGCAGCCACCGCCACUGCCGCCUCCCUCCCUUCACCUCACCACAGCCCCGACCACUGCCUGCGUUGCGUUUCUCUAGGAUUUUAGGUUAGGCCAUGGCCAUGGCGUCUCCCAGUCCUGACGAUGAUGUGCCGAGAAUCCAAAUCGGUACUGAGUGGGAAGUUCUUGAAGCCCAUCACCAAGGUCUAUGCCCCUCCAAGUCCUGCGGCAGGCAGGCAAGCAGCCGAGCAGCGAAAUCUGGAGAGGCAGGGAGAAGCUCAGAGAGAGAGAGAGAGAGAGUGCUGGGAUGAAAUGGCUGAGAUGGUUGGUCUGAAGCCGAUAGCGGAGGAGGCGGAGGGAGGCGGACACCGGCAAACUGGAAUUUGUCUACAUAGAACUAUCGAUCCGUACUGAGUGGGAUGGAGUUUCUUGUCGGGGUCGGGGUGAGAUGGGAGUAGGAAUUCAUUCCCGCCCUCCAGCUUCAGUAGCGGCAUUCAUCCCGAAAAUGCCUUCCUCACCUUCUGCUGACGAUCGAAUCCGAUUCAUUCCUCUAUCUGAAGUGAUCCUCCUUCGUCUUCUUCACGGACGAGCAAGGAAGCGAAUUUCUCCUUCCUUGUCUGAUUACCUUACUUACGGUGGCUGAAUUGCCGUUGAUUCUUCUCUAUAAGUGCUCUUCGUGCAACCGUUAAUAAUCGAUCGAGCUUCUCUUCUUUCCCUGGUAGUAGCUGAUCGAUCUUCUUAUCUUAUUGAUGUCAGUGCUGCAAGAUUGUUAGUGAUGGUGUUCUGUUUAUGCUCUAGAGACGAAUUUCAGUGCCUUUCGUGCAUGUUUGCUUGAUAAGUCUUUCGAAAUCCUGUGCUUAACUCCAAAGCUCGAGUCUUUUGUUCUUGUUUGACAAACUACCGUACAAAGGUUUUAUUUUUGAAGCUAAAUUCCCGAUAUAAGGCUUAGGAGACUGGUAAAAGUCGGAACUUUCAUCUUGUUAGAUUAGAUGUUAGAUUUGUUCAUGCUCUGUUUUGAUGUUGAGGACAUUCUGUAUGACUUGCGAUUAUAUCCAUGUCUUGCAGUUGGCGUGAAUUGGCUUUUACAUGAUGGCUGGGAUUGCUGGUGUUCGGACGCUGGUUCUGGUGGGCAGGACAGGUAAUGGUAAAAGUGCCGCAGGGAACACUAUUCUUGGGAGGAGGGCUUUCAAGUCGAGGGCUAGCUCGUCGGGGGUGACGAGCACCUGCGAGUUGCAGCAAACUGUCCUGCCUGAUGGCCUGACUGUCAAUGUAAUUGACACUCCUGGGCUUUUCGAUGGUUCUGCUGGAAUCGGCGAUGUGGGAAAAGAAAUUGUCAGGUGUAUCGAUCUGGCCAAGGAAGGGAUCCAUGCUGUGGUUUUGGUCUUUUCUGUUAGGACCCGCUUUUCGGAGGAGGAAGAAGCUGCCUUCCAUACCCUGAGGACUUUGUUUGGAAACAAGAUAGUCAACUACAUGAUUGCUGUGUUCACUGGGGGGGAUGAACUUGACGAUAAUGAUGAAACUCUGGAGGAUUACUUGGGUCGUGAGUGCCCACAGCCUUUGAAGGACGUUCUUGCUCUCUGCGGGAACCGGCGGGUGCUUUUCGAUAAUAAGACGAAGGAUGAGGACAAGAAAAACGCCCAAGUUCGGGAGCUAUUUUCCCUUGUCGAUGCAGUGAUAAGCCAGAAUGGUGGAAAGCCUUUUUCAGAUGAGAUAUUUGCCGAAAUGAGGAAAGGAGCAAAGAAGCUCCAGGAGCAACAGGAAGCGGUUGGCUCUCUCAGAGGUUACAACCAAGGACAGAUACUGAAGUUUAAGGAAGAGAUGCAAAAUUCUUAUGAUGAGCAGCUGAAGCGAAUUUCUGGGAUGAUUGAAACCAAGCUGAGAGGGGAGGUCAAGAGGCUCGAUCAGAUGUUGGCAGAGGAGCAGGCCGCUCGUAUGAGGGCUGAAGAGCAAGCACAGUCGGCUCAGGCGAAGUCAAAUGCCGAGAUUCGUGAUCUCAGGGAGAGCCUAGAUAGAGUCAGGGAGGAGAAUGUGCGGCCCAUACCAAUAUGCUCCAUUCUAUAAUAUGCAAGACCGGGAUAUCCUGGAGAAUGUUUCGGUCUCGAAGAUUUCGAUAUCCACUUGUGUUGUGAUAGUAACCCAUGGAAUACUCUUGUGAUUGCUCGUGCCAUGUAAAUGGAUUUAUGGCUUGCAUUAUGUGCAUAUCAUUUUAAGUUCACUAAUGGUGCUCCCGUUAUUCACUA